UUCUAAUCACAUUCCAAUCCAUCUUGUGUUGUGUUGUAGCUAUAUUAUUGUUGAAGGUAUAUUAUUUUAAGAAUAAUUCAGAUAUUUAACUUAAACGAAACUAAAAAUGGUUGAAAAUAAAUCUGCACAAAUUCAACAACCAGGAGAUGAAGAUAAAUCAAAAACGGAGUUAGUAGUCGUGGCACCUUUAACUCUAGAAAUUCUGAAAAUAAUCAAAGAUUAUCAACAGCAACAUGGUCUAAGACAUGGAGAUUAUCAAAGAUACCGGGGAUAUUGUUCAAGACGUAUUAGACGUCUUCGUAAAGUUUUGAAGAUGCCUCAAGGAGAUCGGAGACACUUUAAGAAAAGAGAUGUUACAGAGAGCCAUAUAAACAAUUCAAAAGCUGAUGAAAGGUACUUGCAUAUACCUUUGAUGUUGGCAGAAAGAUGCUGGUCCUAUGCAAUGCAACUACGUCAAGAAGCAAACACUGAGCAGAGGAAAAAGUUCCAUUUAAUACAGAAGUUAAGAAAGGCUUGCAUUUAUGCAUUACAGUUAAAUGAAUUAUGUAAACAAGAAAGAUGUGAUGCCAGAACAUGUCUUGAGGCUCAAGCUUAUGUUGCAUGGAUUCAUGGCUCAUUACAGUUUGAGUUAAAAUUGUGGUUAAAGGCAACUGAAAAUUUUAAAAAGGCCCAGGUUAUUUAUGAAAAAAUUGCUUCCACUUUAAAUGCAGAAGAUCAGUUGCCAUAUAAACAGAGACUAGAAGAAAUAGCUCCCAGCUUAAGAUAUUGUGCUUACAAUAUUGGUGAUGAUAAAGCUGUUGAUCUAUUGGAACUGCGUAGUCAAGGAGUUCUGGAAACAUUUGAUGCAUUUGUUACUCAAUCAAAAGAAAAAACAGCUGUUGUUUUACAUGAAAUCACAUGGUUUGGACUAAAGAUCCCUGUUAGAAUUGAAAAAGUCAGGCUAUUUUUAUUAAGUAUUGAAGGAUUAGAUGAAUCCCUUAAACACGCCGAAGAUAAUCAGUCUAAAAUAAAAAUUCUUGAAAAUUUAUUUAUUGAUUUACGUGAUGUAAUUUCUCUAACAAGAGAAAGUGCUCGUACUGAAAAACAAGAUCAGUUACUCUUGGCAUACUUACUUUCUAUUCGAAUUGAGCGCACAUCGCAGAGAAAUCUCUUAUUAAUACAACAGACAAAGAGAUCUCAGGAUUGUGUUAGAUUAUUGGAUAUUAACGUUCAACAAACUACUGAACUGGCACAAAAUGAAUCCAUAAAAGAAAAUUCUACAAUUCAGUCGUACUAUGAAGAACAAUUAAUGGCAUACAAAGCUUUGAGGAUGUUCUAUUUAGCUAAAACGCAUGCCACUGCCAAACGGUGGAGAGAAGCAGCAGUGCUUUUUGAUUCUGCAGGAAAGAGCGUCAAACAGCUUAAACUUAACGAUUAUAGAACUGAAUUAAAAACCUUUUUAUCAAUAGUCAGAGACACUUAUGAAGUGGAAGUAGCUACAGCUCAGGCCAAUUUUGUUCUAGACGCUCAGGAUGAUCAGAGUCUACCUGUGCCUCAAAAAUCGUUCAAAUCUAAGAAGCCUCUUAUCGAGCGUUUGGACGAGUUUAGAGAGGAACCACAACUACUUACAAAAAAUCCUAAUUUAGUUUCGUUGCCUCCGAAUAUGACGCCGGUACCGGCGAAACCUCUGUUUUACGAUUUAGCCUUGAAUUUGGUACAAUUCCCAGAUCUUUCUGAAAAGUUAGAUGGUCAAGUAAAGGCUAAACAAGGUGCUGGUAUUUCCGGUUUUGUCAAGGGGUUGUGGGGAUGGGGAUCGAAGAAGUAAGGUCGCAAGAGAAGAUUGCAAUAGAAUUUAGGAUUCGGGUAUGUUUUGAUAACUUGUUUAUUUGCAAAAUAAUAAAUAAAUUCUGUUGGAAAAA